AUGGGUCAUACAUGGAAAGGCUCACUGGUACUUGAGACAAUCAAUGUCAACUAUCCUGGUCAUCAAUGGCUCCAAGUCUUCACUGAUGGGUCAUACAUAGAAAACCAAGCAAACGUUGGUGCAGGUAUCUACUCUGAACUCUUCUCUUUCUACGCAGCAGAAGGGCACACUAGAUCCGCUUUCGAAGCAUUAGGCGGGCUGCUGAGAGAGAAAAACAAAACAGUGGUCCUACAAUGGAUUCCUGGUCACUGUGGCAUUAAUGGCAAUGAGCUUUCUGACGCACUUCCUAAGAAGGGGACAACAGUUCUGCAAGGCAAAGACCGGCCGAUGCCUUUCCACACAAUUAAGGCCUUAAUCAGGAGAGAAUUCAAGACCUCAAUGUGCAACGAACUUACAGCUAGAGCAAAGGAGAAAGAGUGA